AUGGUCGAAGAAGCAAAAAAGUAUCUCCAAGAUAUUUUGGGAAGAGUAAAUGGCUUGCAUUGUAUAUUAAUAACAGACAGAGACGGUGUUCGUAUGUUAAAGGUUUCCAAUGACAAAACCCCAGAACAAGCCAACAAACCCAAUUUUAUAUCUACGUUUGGCUUAGCAAUAGAUCAAGGAAGUAAGCUAGGACUAGGUAAAACCACUACAUUGAUCUGCACGUAUUCACAGUUCCAAGUAGUCCAGAUGAAUAAAUUGCCUUUAAUAGUAACUUUCAUAGCCAGUGAUAGUUGCAAUACAGGACAUAUAUUAGCUCUGGAGAAACAAAUUGAUGGUGUAGUGGCCGAUUUAGCAUUAGCUGUAACUGAAUCCUAA